UCCCACCCGGCUCGCUCGACCCCAACCCUAGCCGCCAGUGCGCCAUGGGGGUCGCGCCGGCGGCCGACGGGAUGAAGCACGCGGCCACGCCGCUCUUUCCUAGACGCCCCAUUAGCGCCGCCUUCUUCUCCCCUUGAUGCCCCUCACGAGCGCCGUCGCGACGAGGACCUGCUCCAUCUCCCUCUGCUGCCCCGUUUGAGCGCCGCCGCCCCGAUCGAGCUCCUCUGCAACCAGCAAGACCUCCGCCUUCAUCUCCCUCUGCCGCCGCCAGCAGUCGAAAAGCGCAAUGAAGGAUUUUUCUUUCUCCUAGAGUCAUUCAUUCGUAUGAAAGGGGAAGUGCUGACAGAUAAAUCAUAUGACAAAAUUCAGUGUAAGAAGAUGAAUAGCCUGAUCGGUUAUAACUUAAACUGGAAUAACACCCUUGUAAAUAUUUUGUGCCCUCCAUGCCCUCAUCUGCCCAUUCACCCCCGGCGGCUCCAGGAGGGGCACCACAACCGCAGGCACCGGUGGCGGCAUGCCAUCCAUCAACCCCGUCGUCCAGCACCGGGUGCCUAAGAUCGGCAUGCCUCCUCCCGAUCGUCCUGGACCAGCACCAUGGCAACGAGCGUAUCCCCCUACCGUGACCUUCAACUUCAAUGGCAGAUCCCACCACGACUUGUCAGCACCGUUGGUGGAACCAGCGUCCUUAGGUGAGCAAUCGUCCAGAUGGCCAUCACGCUUCCCCCCAGCAGGUAGAGGAGUAGAGGCGUUGUUUCCACGGGGCUGUAGUGAGGUGUUGCUGAUUAGAGCACCAUCAUCAGUUCUUGAGCACCAUGGCAAGGCAAAGGCAGUCAGACAUCUUGGCAUUCGACUGUUGGAGAUGAUGAGCUUGAGAAGUGAGAUGGUUCUGUUGAAGUAACGGUGCGUCUGAGCGGUCUGGCCAUUGACCGUUGCGUCCAUAUGUGGGUUGGCUGGUCCUGCACCUCUUCCGGCGGUAGCGGCUAAGCGACAACUGAAGAUCCUUCUCAAAUUUGAGCUCCAUUUUUUUAAGGUUCCCUAUUUUUUGAAGGGAAUGUAUGUGCACCCGCACUUGUGGUGCUACCUGUGCACCGGGUGCCAUAGAACGCUGAUGAUGAGUUUUUUUGGACUGUAUAAUUGAUCUUGAUAUGGUUUAUAGCUUCCUGCUACCACUCUUACCAUCAUCCAAUCAAGUUCAUCCAUGUCAAAAUCUAUUGACUUGGAAUAGAGUAGUGUUGAAUAGAGUAGAGAGAGCUGAUGUUAGGUUAGGCUUGUGGGCUUUGGGCGACGCGCUGGA